AUGGCGGAGAUAAAAAUAAUAGCUAUUUGUCAGUUGGGUGGUGAAUUUGAGACGGAUAAGGAUGGUACUUUGUGUUAUACAGGUGGUGAUGCUCAUGCUAUAGACAUUGAUGACAAAAUCAAAUUCAAUGAUUUCAAGUUGGAGGUGGCUGAGAUGUUUAGUUGCAAUGUCGACACCAUGUCUCUCAAAUACUUUCUCCCGGGCAAUAAGAAGACUCUCAUUACUAUCUCUAAUGACAAGGACUUAAACCGGGUGAUAAAAUUCCAUGGGGAUUCUUUCACUGUAGAUAUUUAUGUGAUUUUGGAAGAUAAUUUUCUGUCUGGUGUCUCAAAUUUGCCUGCCAGUAGAUCAAGCAGGACAACUCUGUCUGAAGAAGAGCCUCCUAUUGAUGCACCUCUUGCCGUUCUGGAGGAUAUCACCCAGCCCGAUAACUCACUUUCUGCAACUCUUGAUCUUGAUGUUGUAGACGAUACCAAUAAUGUUGAUGUUCAUAUUGAAGAUCCGCAGAUUGAUCCACUUGAGAUUUCACUCAUUCUUCCUCUUCUUGCUUCCAAUGAUGAGAAACAUGCUAAAGGUGCACAGCAAUGGCAGAAUACUAUUACUGGAGUGGGUCAAAGAUUCGGAAGUGUUCAUGAAUUUCGAGAGUCAUUGCGUAAAUAUGCCAUUGCACAACAGUUUACAUUUAGAUAUAAGAAGAAUGAUAGCCAUCGAGUAACUGUUAAAUGCAAAGCUGAAGGUUGUCCUUGGAGAAUUCAUGCAUCAAGGUUGUCAACCACCCAACUAAUUUGCAUAAAGAAGAUGAAUCCAACUCAUACAUGUGAAGGGUCGGUGGUGACAACAGGGCAUCAG